GCGGGAGCGGAGCGGCGGCGCCGGCGCGGCAGCUCGCGCGACCGGCCGUUGCGAGCCGGUGACAUGCCUGUGAGCUGCCCCAGUAACUUGCUGGGUAAGCAGGCAGUAUAUACAUGGAAGAAACCAAUCAGAGAUACUGCAGUUUACCCGGAGGAAACGAAGCGAAUGAAAGAGAGAACAAGAACACGAAGGGUAUUUUAUGGAUUAACUCUUCAUUGAUUAUACAACAGCAACAUAGUUAUGGCGACCUUCCAGACUUUCAGAAACAGUCACAUGAAGACGAGAGCACCUGUCAGAAAAAGCUUCAGUGAAGAUGUGUUCCAGUCUGUGAAGUCCUUAUUGCAGAGUGAGAAGGAGCUGUGCCGCGUGUCAUCAGAGGACUGCGUGAGGCAGGACGGACGCGCCGCCUUCACUGAGGUCACGUUUCUAGGUUUUAAUGAAGAAACAGAUGCUGCUCACAUACAGGAUUUAGCUGCAGUUUCUUUGGAACUUCCGGAUCUUCUAAAUUCCCUGCACUUCUGCAGUCUAAAUGAAAAUGAAAUUAUUUGUAUGAAGGAUAUAAAUAAAUCAUCAGAUGUAAACAAUGGUUCUCUAAAUGAGAGUCAUCAUCCUGGAAUGCUUUGUGUCCUGAGAGUGUCACCUUCAUCACCAAGACUCAGAGUUGAUUUUAUCUUUAGUCUCCUGAGUAAAUAUGCUACUGGGAUACGAUACGCCCUGGAUACAUACCUGCAUCAGAAGCGCCAACUGGAGGCCUCCAAUGAAGAUGACGACGACACUAACCAGUCCGUGUCGUCCAUAGAGGAUGACUUUGUUACAGCCUUUGAACAUUUAGAGGAAGAGGAGACUUCGAAGCCAUAUAAUGAUGGAGUGAACAUUUCUGCAGUAAAGAGCCAGUGUGAUGCUGCUUCACAGACGGCUUCUGGUCACCAUUUAGAAACCCAUGAUUUGAGGAUUCUUGUUAGCUCUGGGCAGCAGAAGUCGCUGGCUAAACCGUCAACUUCCUUAAGAAACAUUCUGGGACGUAAAGAACAACCUGUGAAAACUUCAGUCACAACAUCGGUUUUUGAGCCUUGGAUCCAAAGGAGUUUCUACAGGUCCUCUAAUGCUUCAGCUAAAGGAGGUGACACACAGAAGAUGGUUUUUUCUUCCUCUCCUGCCUAUUCCUCUGAGUCAGAGUGCUCAAGCCCCAGUCCUGUUAUUUUCUUAGAUGAAGAAGGGUAUCAAAAAAGCUUAAAAGCAAAACUUGAGUUACCUAAAAUUCCUGUGACGAAAGAUGAUAUAGAGGAUUCAGACUCAGAAGUGAGUGAAUUUUUUGAUAGUUUUGAUCAGUUUGAUGAACUAGAACAAACUUUAGAGACUUCUUGUCCAUAUCUAGAAGAUCCUGUCGUAGGGAAGCCAUCGCAAAACAAAGGGCACAAACAUGAAAAACUUGGUUCUGUAACCACUACUAUGAAUCCUCAAAAAUUCAAGUUUGAUCGUCCAGCUCUCCCAGCUAACGUGAGGAAGCCGACCCCUCGGAAACCGGAACGCCCUUCCAGUAACCUGUGUGACGCCCCAGGGUCCCCUCGCCCGGUGAAGGCAUCCGGGGAGGACAGUGGCUUGUUUAGCCCCAUCCGGUCCUCUGCUUUUAGUCCUCUCGGAGGCUGUACAACCUCUGAAUGUUUCUGCCAAAUGCAUAUCGGUGGCGAUAGGAUUCAUGAAAAUCAUGAUUCUGUCUAUUACACCUACGAAGAUUAUGCGAAUAGCAUUUCCUGUGAAGUACUGGGCUCGGUUCUUCAUAACCAGCAUACUAAUGCAACAUCAGACGCUAAUAGUAUUAAAAAGGGAGAAAGUAAAACCAUGGCUCUGAAGAGUGGAAGCCUCGAUCAAAAGAGUAAAUCUAAAAAUAAGUCCUUAAUAAUUAAAGAUAGCAUUCAAAAAUUUGCAGCAGACCUCGUGGAAAGAAGUUUCGGCAGUGCAUUUAAAGACUUGCAGAAAGGUGUCUCUUCGUGUACCAACGCACUGUGCCAUUUAGCCGUCAAAUUGACAUCCUCCGUUUUUCAGAUGGCGUUCAAUGAACUGAGAAGGCAGCGUGCGUUUUCACUGAAAGAGCGUGCCAUUGGUGGGCUAGCAGGUUUCUUGGUGAGCGAAGCUUUGUCAAAUGCUUUCAGAGAUCUACAGUAUGUAAGGAAGCAGAUGUUUACAAACACAGUGGCGGGCUUUGCCGCAGACCUCGCUGAACAGCUCGUUUUCGAAGGCAUCAUGGAGGUGUGUCAGUUCUCAUACCCUCGAACACCCGCAUCUCCACAGGGUCGGUUAUUUGCCUGUGAGGACAAAGUCGUGAAGUCCUAUGCCAAAGACUUGUCUGAAUCUGUAAUACAGGAAGCAUUCAUUGAGCUCUCACAGGUUGAUGUGACCUUUACACCAAAGGCAGCCGUUAGCGUUUCUACAGACAACAUAAAGUGUGUGAGUGCAGAAAAUGCAGUGCCAGCCACGCAGACCUCCACAUGUCCCCCUGCUUUUAAUAAUCAAGCGAUUACGGUGUCAAAACCAGUGCAGGAAUAUAAGAAAGAAUACACAGUACAGCAGGCCUUGUUUUGUACUUCCGGAAUUGUUACUUCUAUUCCAGUGCCCGUGGCAGGAAGUGCCCUUCUCCCGUAUCACUUUGCAUCUAAUACACAUCAGGCAAAGUCCCCUCUGUCAUCUGGUGAGAGUAAUUUGAGUGGUGAUUCUACUGAAGCACGUGUUUCCACAAAAAACAAAGAAAAAGCAGCUUGUCUCCGAAAUAUUUGUUUAUCUUCAGAACAAAAUCCGGGUAACCACAAUGAUUUUAAACCAGCUAAUGAUGAUAUGGAAAUGCAAAGCUCUUCAAAAUUAUCAAGUGAUCCUGUGAUUAUUAGCAACUUUUCUUCAGCAAUGGUGCACACGAUAGUAAAUGAAUCUUUAGAGUCAGUGACGUCAUGCAAAAUAACAAAAACAGUUGAUGAACACACAGAUGGUUUAACUAAAACAGCCAAGGAAAAAACCCCUCCUUUCCACUGUGAUCACCUGACACUGCAGCAGAGUGAAGCUAGCAAGAAGGACAUGUUUGCUGAUCGAUUAUCUAAAUCUGUUAUUAAAUAUUCCAUAGAUAAAAGCACGUCAGUGACCCGAAAUGCAGAGAAAAGUGUGGUACACAGGGAAGGCUUGCCUAUUGGAGAAGAGUCACAACUGACCUUGGAAAAGUUGCCCAAAAUUCUUGAUUCUCAAGAUCACUUAACUCAAUGUUCACUUCCAGUAGUAAAGGAUUGUGUUGCAGAAUGCAAAGGUCCUACAGCCCAUGGAUUUUCUCUAGAAACACUGCCACGUUGUCCAACUACGACAGGUCAGAAACCUGAUUUGAAGGAGGCUGCUACGGACAAAUCAGUGGAAAAGUGUCAUUUGAAUAAUACUACAGCACCUGAGCACUCGUCUUUUGGGCAAGAGAGCCCUUUUCCCCAUUCACAUACUUUCUCAUCACCAGUGCUGACGUGUGUAGAUGGUUUGCAUGUGGAAGAUAAACAGAAAAUCAGAGAUGGAAAUGUAAUACCUGAUACUCCUCCAUCAACACCUCUGCUACCAUCCCAGGCUAGUUCUGAAUGGGAUUUCAAGAAUUUAACCAAAAAGCUCAAGGGGGAGUUAGCAAAAGAAUUUGCACCUGCUACACCACCUUCUACACCUCACAACUCAUCUGUUGGUGGUUUGUCUGAAAAUGAACAAAAUGCUAUUGAGAAAGAAGAGUUCAUGUUGAAACUCAUGCGCUCUCUCUCAGAAGAAGUGGAAAAUGGUGAAGGUGAAGGGCACCCAGCAGUGCCCGUGAAGCCAGAGCUCGCAGGGAAGAGAGUACAGUUCGCAGACACGUUAGCGACGCACGUCAUUUCUCUCGCAACUGAGACGGCAGCUCUCCAUUUAGGUAACAAAACAAUCCAGGAGUCCAAAGCUAGAAGCCCUUGCUUCAGUGUGCAGCGUCAGAGAAGUGCGUCCCUUCCUUUCACAAAUCGCUCCGAUGUAAAUUUACAAACCUUAUGCAGUUUUGCAGGUGAUAUGGCAGCAGAAGUCAUUACUGAAGCUGAGAAAAUCGCAAACGCUAGGAGUUGUCUGCUGCUCGGGCCUAAGAAGAGCAGUUAUGUUGAUGGUGACCCCGCUUUUCGAUCAGAAGAGAAGCUGGAGACAGAGGCUGUAGCACACCCAAGAGAGGUUGACCCGUUUAGUCUUUCAUCGCCAGCAAGUGCUUCUCUGUCAGGCCUGACAUACAAGUAUCCAAGCUGCGAAAGUGUGACGGACGAAUAUGCAGGUCACGUUAUCCAAAUACUGAAACAGGAAGGCGGCAACAGGGAGUUACUGAUGGACCAGUAUGCCAAUAGGCUUGCUUAUCGAUCUGUCAAAGUAGGGUUACAAGAAGCAGUGCAGACGGCCAAAGUGCAGUGCAGCUCAGAAGUGCCCCUCGAGCGCAGCUCACAGGCGAGAGCCAGCAAUGAACUCUUCGUGGUCUUAAAUAAAGACCACCACCCAGAAGCAGAGAAAAGAAGACAAAGUAAAAGAAAUGGAGGUUACCUUUGUAAAACUCAAGCUUGCGAAUGGACGUGGGAUGCAAACAGAAGUGAGUGCUCCGAACUGUAUAGUUUUUCAGCCUCUCUUGCUCAUAGUAUAACCAGGGAUGUUCAGAAAGGGCUGACAGUGCCCACGGGUGGCUUGCCAAAAUCCUCAACCGGUUCUUGCCUUUAUGAAGAAUCCGGAUGUGAUGAAGAUACCGAGUCUCACGCUGAGCCAGAACUUCCUCAGUCCCUUCAGCCUUCCUCACAGAAGCACAGAUUUUGCCCCAGUGUAGGCGGCUUACAUGGGGGUGGUUACGGGGAGAACGUUGUUCCCGCCAUAGAACAGUAUGCGAGAAAAGUAGUGGAUGACACUUUAGGACUGAGUUUAGGAUCUGCAGUUUUCCUCGCAUCUGAGACCACAAAAGCGGCAGAUAGGAUCACUUAUGCAGAAAAGUUGUCACCUCUUACAAGUCAGGCUUGCAGAUACUGUGACCAUAAAGAACUCCAUGACUGCCGUGGAAAUUCACCUCAACACUUUUCCCGACAGGAUUCACUUGCUCUUCGUAAGCCUGUGUCUAAUUCAAAAUGUGGCAGCAUCUAUCAGAAAUCUAGGAUUUUUCAUCUUGAUGUCCCUCAAAUUCAUGUUGAUCUUGGUAAGACAGUGCUUGCUGAGAAGAUAGUUGCCGAAGCUAUUGAGAAUGCAGAGAGAGAGCUGAGCAAUACCAGCCUGGCGGCUGACAGUGGCAUUGGACAAGAUGGCAUUAGCUUCGCUGAAAGCCUUACUACAGAAAUAAUGUCAUCAGCCAUGAUGAAUGUUGGACAUGCUGUUAGCAGUCCAAAAGAAAUAGAAGGCUUUCAGUCAACUGAGUCUUUGGGCAGCCAGCACAUGAAUCUCAGCAUUGGUGAAGACAGCACUGGGAGCUGGUCCAAUUUAAGUUUCGAAGAUGAGCACCAAGAUGAAAGCAGCAGCUUUCAUCAUCUAAGUGGAAGUAAUGGUAACAGCAGUAGCUGGAGCAGUCUUGGUUUAGAAGGAGAUUUAAAUGAGGACAAUUUCUCCUUUCCAACAUCAGACAGUGAUGGGCCAGAUGACAAAGAUGAAGAAGAGCCUGAAGACGACGUGGAAGGCUGGGAGCCGGACGGAAGGCCUCUGCUGGUCACCAACAUGGACAUGGAGCCUUGUGCAGUGGACCCCCAGCUCAGGAUGCUUCUUCAGUGGCUCGUUGUCUCGGAGGCUGACGUCGCAGAACUUUCUUUUCAUGACUCUGCAAAGAAGGAGUUUAUACGGCUUUCAAAACGAUUACAAGAAAAAGGAUGGAAAGUGGGAGUCCUCCUGCAGGCUGUGCUUAAAUACUGCGAAGUGAUGGAAAAGACUUCCAGUGAGGAGAAGUGCAAGCCACUGUUUGAUUGGCUCUUGGAAAACGCGUAGCACAAACUCCAAACCAUUCUAUUUUAUUAUUUGUUUUAGGAGAACAAGAAAGAGAUACAGAUGCCUAGGAUACAAUUUGAAUAGUGAAUAUUAACAUUUAAAGUAAAUUGGGAGGAAAGUAAAUACAGCUUUUUCAGCUCAUUGUGUCAUCACACGGUGUAUAUAGCUCAUACUUUUGUAAUCUCUGUCAAAUAUUAUCUUCAUGUAUUCUUCUAUACACAUGGGUAGCGUGUGAAGACCCUAAGAACAUAUUUGAAGGAAGGUCUAACCAUGAGGUUUUCAGGGAUAUUGACUGAUGGCGUUCUUUUUGCAUCCAAACCGUGCUGCUAGAAACCGCACCGAGGUUGCUGAGGAUAGGUUCCAGGGAUAAAGAGGGAGAGUUUUGCUCCUUUGCAAACAAAUGGUAUCCUAUUAGUAACUAAUCUGACAUCAGAAAAUAGCACUGAGGCUAAUCUUUUUUCUCUGAUAGUUUUUGUCUCAUUUUAAAAAGUCAGUUUUAUUUUCAUAGUUCCGCUGUUGGUAGCUUUCUGAAUCCCCCAAAGUAUUUAAUGUCAUAGAAACAUUAGUAAUUUAGGUUUCUGUUAAUACCAUAAAUGAUAGUUUCCCCCACCUUCUAUCAAACUGACAAUAUUUGCUAAUGUUGCCAAUUGUUCUGGCCUGAAAGUGAGCUCGCGUGCGCGUCUGUGUGAAGGAGUACUUUAUCCUUGCUAGUGGUUUGUGUCCUCUUUUAUUUUCAUGUGUUUCUUGGUUGGAAAUCUACUGUUAACAUUAAAAAGGUGCUUUAAAAUAAAAUGUCUGUAAAGAUUGUGCAGUUAGAAUUUUUGUUUCUCUUUUUGACUUAUUUUGGGUCCCUAACUUAUCCUGUACAUGAAAAUCAAGGUGCAAAACAUGUUGGAAUUUUAAACAUUAAUGUUAAUUUGGAAAUACAAUUAGAGAAGCCCACUAAUGAUUUUCACUCUUAGAUUUUUGAAAAAACUCCACUUUAACAAGGAUAAGCUUUUUCUAGGAAACAAUAGGAACCUCCUCUGCUAAAAUCUGCAUCAUUUUGUAAGGUCCUGUGACACGAUCCUGUGGCCUGGCUGCCACGUUUCCUAUGCUUUGUCUUUAGAAGUGGCAGGUACUUGAAGAGAGGACCGAGCCCGUGUCUUGGUUUUGUAUGUGAGGGUAUGCGUGUGUGAACUUUUACUUCUUCCAUGGAGGAUUUGGACUCCUGGAGUAAAUCCCUUUUUGUUGGGGGCUUUGGUUUUCCUCCAUUACAUUUUCUUUUUUCCAGAGCGCUGACCUUUUUGGAAGCUGCACAAAGUGUACAAGACAUAGCACCUGGCAGGGGGCAAGGAAUAGGGGCACUUAUAUUAAUUUGAAUUAAUAAUUAUAGUAGAGAAAUAUAUUUUGUAAUGAAAGAGUCAAAUUUCCUUUUUAUGAAAAACGCCAGAGCUAUUUCAAUAUUUUGAGGUUACAUGGCAAGCUUUGGUUUUUCUCAAUUUAAGAUGAAGAAAUAGAGCAAGCCUUAAAAAUAAGUUUUCCUGAAGUUUCUUCAAGUGUUUUUGAAGGUGGAGAAAUGCAGGAAAUGUCUGUAACCAGGAUUGUUUCUGCCUUGAGCUUCUCAGAACUUGAGACGCAGCAGCACUGGACAGGGUUUGUAAACAUUAGGAACCGUGUUGUUAAUUGCACGGAUUCACUGAUUAUUAAGCUUAGAUUGAAUUUUUACAAGCCUGUAACUAUCAAGUUGUGUUUCGUAACUUCCAUGUAUGUGCAGCUUUGAUUAACAGCAAAACUGAAUUUCUAUUCAACUAAAGUGGCAAUAUAUUACUUUUGUAAAACUUUGUGCUUGAAAAUGUUCCUUUCUCUUAUGGUAAUAAUCAUUUUGAGGUAAGAUUUUCCUCAUGUCCUUUUUUCCUUUGCGUUUUUCUGGAGCUGUGCUGGAUUCAGAGUUCCUGUAAUCAGUCACUACAUGACGCUGGACUGAUCAUUGGGUUUUAGCGAGCGCAGUAAUAAUCGGAGCGGAAUCCACACGCGUAUCAGUGCAAUGCAGGGGCAUGUAGAGAAAGAUACUAAGUAUUGGCAGAUGUGAAAAGAAGUGGGAGUUAAGCUUCCUCCCUUAGAAAACAUUUGAGCUUAGAGCAGUAGCUUUUAAUCAGGUACAGGCUAAGCUUACUUUCUUUAAAGGCACUUUGUGGUUUUUUCCAAAGACACUCCAGGCCUGCUUGGUUGCUCAGUGUUCAGAACAGCUCUGUUUGUUGAGGACAGCUCUAUCUUAUUUUAUGACAGAUCUACUUGACAUGUUUAUAUUAUCACGUUGUAACAUCGCUAUUCUGCAGGUUUUGGCGCUCAUGAAAUGUCAGAAUUGUCAAAGUUGUGAUGUGCACUGAGUUGAAUUCUCUAUCAAUUUUAGAACCAUUGAAGGGUCUGUGGAAAGAGUGAAGGAGGCUUCUGAUAAGGGGUUUUUUGAACAUUGUUUUAGACUGAAAUGUGGCCGUUCUUUCAUAGUCUUGUUUUUCCCAAGCCAAGUUUGAAUUACAUUUAUAUUUUAGGCGUGACUAAUGUUGAUUUGAAACUAUUUCCUGAUUUAUACAAAAGGAAUGAUUCAUUUAUAAACCACAGAAGAAAAUGGCAAUGCCUAUUGGAUGGUUUGACAAUUUAAUGGAAUAAAACCUUUGAGAGUAUUCACUCCGUGAAUAUAUGUGGUGAUAUCUUUAUACUUCGAAAAAUGUUCUACUUACCCAUUCAGAUAAUUUGAUGUGAAUUAAUUCCAUUCAUAAUACUUUCAUUUUGCUUAAAUAAGGGUUUUAUGUUGUUGGUAGGAGAAUUUAGUUACUUAUUAAAUGCCCCAUGUAUGAAGUGAAGGAUCGUUUGCCCAUGUGACUCUGACUUCGGUGCACAUUCCGCAAAUGAGGAGUUGAACCUUAUUGACUCAUCAUCAGAGCCCAGACCCAGUGUCAUCUCAGUUAAGUAUUUAGCUAAUAAUAUCCUUCCACAAUUAAUGUUACCAAUUUUCCAUCAGUAUAUUGCUUUAAAUUUUAUAUUUUUCAAAGGAAACUUUCCACCAAAUUUUAAAAAAAUAAUGCAUCCAUACUCAGGGUGUAAAGAAAAUACCUUCAUUUAAAACCCUGUCCACCUGUCACCGGCACAAGAGAAUUAGAGCUUCAUUGGGAAUUAUAAAAUUGUACUGAAGUGAAACACUUUUUUUCCCUCAUUUUUAGCAAAAGGCCCCAUGCCAUUUCCUCACUUGACUAUUUCUGCUCUGCAGUUGCAGAUAACAGUGUCAGUCACUCUCGUCACUUUACUUAUUUAUUUUUUUUUAACCAUCCAUGUACAUUCCUUUCACAAGGGUAGAAUUGUAGUCCUGGAAGUACAUUGUUUUGUUUUUUGUUGUAACGUUUGAAUACUAUUUAAUAUCAGUUUUAAUUGCUGGAUUUGCUACCUUUGGUUACUUGUGCAGUGCUAAAAGUAUUCCCAUUCUUGUUUAAUAGGCCAGCUCUAUAGCAAAAGCAGCUUUAAGUAACUGUAGCUGUUGAUUCAACUGUGCUGAAUCAUUACAUUAAGAUCUUGUAUAAUGGUAACUUCUUUUUUUUGCUUUUCAGAAAUUUAAUAUGUUCAUUUACCGAGAUUUAUGAACUUCAGGAUGCACUAAACUUUUGUUUCAGCAGUGGUUCAAAAUAAACAUUUCAGAAAUUACUUUUGUAAUGAUUUGCAAUUAAUUGUUCUUUUAUCUUUUCUCGAAUUGUUUAAGUCUGUGAUUGUUCCUCUUCCAACUAAGAAUUCUCCAAUAAACUUAAGAGAUGCCUGG